GUAAUCACAACUAUUAUAUUCAAUGUCAACAGCUACUUGACUUUGUAAGGUUCUUCAGCGCUGUAUUAUUCCUAUUCUAAAUUUGAUUGUAUGCCCGAUUGCCGCGCGGGAACAGUCGCAUGUCAAUUGUUGGCGGGAACGCGUUGUUUUUUUUAAUUUUUCUUUUACAAGUGAUAGUGAAGUGAUGUGCCUUUCGGAUUUUUGAUGUUAACGAUUGCGUUCUUCAUAGUAACCGUUGUUUUUGGUUAUUUUUUACGACGAAUUUUGAAUAAAACAACGGAUUUAGUUGAAAGUCAGAAGAUGAGCGACCAGGAGCAGGCUAGGUGCUCCUCAAGUGAGAGCGACAAUUUCGAGAAAAUCGACUCUGAAGACCUGCCUGAACAGAAUGGCAAGCCAGGGUUCACUGUGGGCGAGGACGAAGACGAGGGCCCGGCGCAUGAAGGCGGGGAUUUCUUCCCCAACGCCCCCCCUCCUAAUCUGAAGCCGAAGCUGACCAUAGCCCAGCAGCUCGCGUUGGCAGAGAAGCGGAGUAAACUCAAGCCGUCUAUGUCCCAGGGCACGGUGAUCCACAGCCAAAGGUUCCAGGAGAAAGAUUUCACAGUCGCCACUCCCGAGGAGUUUGUCAAGCGGUUCCAGGGCACGAAGGCUAUUAAUAAGGUCCUAAUAGCGAACAACGGAAUCGGAGCAGUAAAAUGCAUGCGCUCGAUCCGAAGAUGGUCGUACGAAAUGUUCAAGAACGAACGGGCAGUCCGGUUCGUCGUUAUGGUGACCCCCGAAGACUUGAAAGCGAACGCGGAAUACAUCAAAAUGGCGGACCACUACGUGCCUGUACCCGGCGGCUCCAACAACAACAACUACGCUAACGUCGAGCUCAUCGUCGAUAUAGCUAUCAGAACACAAGUGCAGGCUGUAUGGGCAGGCUGGGGCCACGCCUCAGAGAACCCGAAACUGCCUGAGAUGCUGCAUCGUGCCGGCGUCGUAUUCAUCGGUCCCCCCGAAAAAGCCAUGUGGGCACUGGGAGACAAGAUAGCGUCAUCCAUCGUGGCCCAGACGGCGGAUAUACCGACGCUACCUUGGAGCGGGAGCGACCUCAAAGCGGAAUACAACAGUAAGAAGAUCAAGAUCUCAUCGGAGCUGUUCGCGCGCGGCUGCGUCACCACCUCGGAGCAGGGUCUCGCCGCCGCGCACAAGAUAGGGUUCCCCGUCAUGAUUAAAGCCUCCGAAGGUGGCGGCGGCAAGGGCAUCAGGAAAGUGGAGAAUGCUGAUGACUUCCCCACCAUGUUCCGACAGGUGCAAGCCGAGGUGCCCGGCUCUCCGAUCUUUGUGAUGAAGCUAGCCAAAUCUGCUCGUCAUUUGGAAGUACAACUCAUUGCUGACCAGUACGGUAACGCCAUCUCCCUGUUCGGACGCGACUGCUCGAUCCAGCGUCGGCACCAGAAGAUCAUCGAGGAAGCCCCCGCGGCCAUCGCUAGACCCGACGUCUUUAUUGAGAUGGAAAAGGCCGCAGUCCGUCUAGCCAAAAUGGUGGGCUACGUGUCCGCCGGCACAGUGGAAUACCUGUACGAGCCCGCCACCGGCCAGUACUACUUCCUGGAGCUGAACCCUCGGCUGCAGGUGGAGCACCCGUGCACGGAGAUGGUCGCCGACGUCAACUUGCCCGCUGCACAGUUGCAGAUCGCCAUGGGUCUCCCACUGUACCAUAUAAAGGACAUCCGCCUGCUGUACGGCGAGGGACCCUGGGGUCUGUCGGCCAUCGAGCUAGACGAGCCUAAGCAGCGCCCCUCGCCCUGGGGUCACGUCAUCGCCGCCCGUAUCACUUCUGAGAACCCUGAUGAAGGUUUCAAACCGUCAUCCGGUACGGUGCAAGAGCUCAACUUCCGCUCAUCGAAGAACGUGUGGGGCUACUUCAGUGUUGCGGCCUCUGGAGGCCUACACGAGUUCGCGGAUUCGCAGUUCGGACACUGCUUCUCGUGGGGCGAGACUAGAGAACAGGCUAGAGAAAACCUCGUAAUAGCUCUCAAAGAGCUCAGUAUCCGAGGCGACUUCAGAACGACUGUGGAAUACCUCAUUACGUUGUUGGAGACGCCCGCCUUCCAGAACAACGACAUCGACACCAGUUGGCUGGACGCUCUCAUCGCUGAAAGGGUACAAUCAGAGAAGCCGGACAUUAUGCUGGGCGUGAUCUGCGGCUCCAUCCUCAUCGCUGAUAGCAUCAUCACCACUCACUUCCAGGACUUCAAGAGUGGCCUCGAGAAAGGUCAAAUCCAAGGCUCCAGCCAGCUCUCGAACUGCGUUGAAGUGGAACUGAUUCACACCGGCAGCAAGUACCGAGUGCAGGCCUGCAAGUCGGGACCUACCACAUACUUCAUAGCCAUGAACGGGAGCUUCAAGGAAUUGGAGGUGCACAAGCUGACCGACGGCGGCACUUUACUCUCCGUGGACGGCGCGUCCUACACCACAUACCUAAAAGACGAAGUGGACAAAUACCGCAUCGUCAUCGGCAACCAGACUGUAGUGUUUGAGAAAGAAAAGGACCCGUCGAAGCUGAGGUCCCUUUCUGCGGGAAAGCUCAUCAAUUGUCUUAUUGAGGAUGGCGGACAUGUGGAUAAAGGACAGCCUUAUGCCGAGAUUGAGGUGAUGAAAAUGGUGAUGACCCUCUCGGCGCCCGAGGCUGGCAAGGUCACGUGGAACCUCAGGCCUGGCGCUGUCUUAGAAAUGGGCUCCUUGAUAGGAACUCUGGAGCUGGACGACCCAUCACUAGUUACCACAGCAACGCCAUAUAAGGGACAGUUCAUCCAUGAAGAGAAUCCCAAUCUGUCUGAGAAGCUCAGCCAACAACAUAACAAGUACAGGGCCAUAUUGGAGAACAUUCUUGCUGGCUACUGUUUGCCGGAGCCGUACAACACGCCGCGCUCACGUGAGGUCGUCGAGAAGUUCAUGCAGAGUCUCAGGGACCCGUCGCUGCCUCUACAAGAGCUCCAGGAGGUCCUAUCCUCUGCGUCAGGCCGUAUCCCUCUCGCGGUAGAGAAGAAAGUCCGCAAACUGAUGACGUUAUAUGAGAGGAACAUCACCAGUGUGCUAGCGCAGUUCCCUAGCCAGCAGAUCGCUAGUGUUAUAGACCACCACGCCGCUUCUCUGCCUAAGCGGGCGGACCGAGACGUGUUCUUCAUGAGCACACAGGCCUUAGUUCUCUUGGUUCAGAGAUACAGGAAUGGCAUUCGAGGCAGAAUGAAGGCCGCCGUCUACGACUUAUUGAAACAAUAUUACCAAGUCGAAAGCAACUUCCAACUGGGUUCGUAUGACAAGUGCGUGAUGGCGCUCCGUGACAAACACAAGGAUGACAUACAAGUGGUCGCCGACAUCAUAUUCUCGCACAACCAGGUCGCCAAGAAGAACCUUCUGGUGACCCUACUAAUCGACCACCUCUGGUCAAACGAGCCCGGUCUGACCGACGAGCUGGCGGCCAUUUUGAACGAGCUGACGUCACUGCACCGCGCCGAGCACAGCCGCGUCGCUCUCAGGGCGCGACAAGUACUGAUCGCCGCGCAUCAGCCUGCCUACGAGCUCCGCCACAACCAAAUGGAGUCCAUCUUCCUGUCGGCUGUGGACAUGUACGGACAUGACUUCCACCCGGAGAACCUUCAGAAGUUGAUCCUCUCCGAGACCUCCAUAUUCGAUAUACUGCACGAUUUCUUCUAUCACACCAACCAGGCGGUAAUCAACGCCUCUCUAGAAGUGUACGUCCGCCGCGCCUACACCUCUUACGAGAUCCAAUGCCUCCAGCACCUGGACCUGUCGGGGGAGCUGAGCGUGGUCCACUUCCAGUUCGUCCUGCCGACCGGACACCCUAACAGAAUCCCGCUGAGCCAAUCAGAGAUCGAGCUGGCAUCGGCUCAGGACGCCGAGGGCAUACCGGCCGAGCUCUGCACGGCGGCCAUGAAGAAAUGCCACCACCGCACCGGGGCGUUGGCGGCGUUCGACUCUUUCGAACACUUCGCUCAGUAUGCUGAUGAGUUACUGGACUUGGUUAAUGACUUCGCGAGCACUGCCAGUGUGAGGAGAGAGGAUUUGCAAGCAUUGCAAGAUGGCAGCGAGAGCCGAGGCGACAGUACCAGCAUCAACGUCGGCAUGGAUUACAAGCCGAACGAUAUGGAGGAGGCGAACUUGGAGCCUAUCCAUAUCCUGAUGAUCGGAGUACGAGACAACGGCGAAAGCGACGACGUGCAAUUGGCUCGACGUUUCGGCGGCUUCUGUCGCGCGCAUCGGCAAGAACUACACCAGAAGCGGAUCAGGCGUGUCACCUUCAUGUCUCUCAUCAAACGUCAAUUCCCGAAAUUCUUCACGUACCGCGCCCGUAACGACUUCACCGAAGACACGAUCUACCGUCACCUGGAGCCGGCUUCAGCCUUCCAGCUGGAGCUGUACAGGAUGAGGAGUUACGAGCUGGAAGCCCUGCCCACCAGCAACCAGAAGAUGCAUCUAUACUUGGGCAAAGCCAAGGUGAAGAAGGGACAAGAGGUGACGGACUACCGGUUCUUCAUCCGCUCCAUCAUCCGACACCAGGAUCUGAUCACGAAGGAGGCCAGCUUCGAGUACCUGCAGAACGAGGGGGAGAGGGUACUAUUAGAAGCCAUGGAUGAGUUAGAGGUCGCUUUCUCGCACCCGUUAGCCAAGAGGACAGAUUGCAAUCACAUAUUCCUCAACUUUGGACCCACUGUCAUCAUGGACCCGUCCAAGAUUGAGGAAUCCGUUCUUGGCAUGGUGAUGCGCUACGGACCCCGGCUUUGGAAGCUCAGGGUUCUGCAGGCGGAGAUCCGUUUCACGCUCAGAAUAGGCCCUGGUGCCCCUACAAAGAAUGUGAGGCUGUGUCUGUCCAACGGGUCUGGCUACACCCUCGACGUGUACACGUAUGAAGAGGUUUCGGACCCCAGGACUGGUGUGAUAAUGUUCCAAUCGUUCGGAGCGCGCCAGGGCCCCAUGCACGGCCUGCCCAUCUCGACUCCCUACGUCACCAAGGACUAUCUGCAACAGAAGAGAUUUUUGGCAACGUCACAAGGCACGACGUACGUGUACGACCUGCCCGACAUGUUCAGACAGGUCGUCGAGAGGAGGUGGCGGGAAUGCAUCGAGGACGGGAGUGUUGAUGGACCGGCACCAGAUAAUGUGAUGGCAGCUGUGGAGCUGGUGGUCGAGCCCGAAGGCGAAAGAAGAGUCGUGGAGGUGACCAGGCUGCCUGGACAGAAUACCGUCGGCAUGGUGGCAUGGCGCUUAACCCUCUUCACGCCGGAGUGUCCCAAGGGUCGCGACAUCAUAGUCAUAGCGAACGACCUGACCUACUACAUGGGCUCGUUCGGACCUCAGGAGGACUGGGUGUACUAUAGGGCUUCGCAGUACGCUAGGGAGCUUAAGAUUCCUAGGCUAUACAUAAGUGUAAACUCCGGCGCUCGCAUCGGCGUCGCCGAAGAAGUCAAACAAGCCUUCAACGUUGCCUGGAUCGAUUCCGAGAGGCCGGAGCGAGGCUUCAAAUACCUAUACCUGACGACGGAGGCCUACAGCCGGCUAGGGCCUCUUGGUUCUGUCAAAACAGAGCUUAUUGACGACGAGGGCGAAACGAGAUAUAAAAUCACUGAUAUCAUUGGCAAAGAGGACGGUCUCGGUGUUGAAUGUCUUCGUGACGCGGGUCUCAUCGCCGGCGAGACCGCACAGGCUUACGAGGAUGUGGUCACGAUAUCAGUCGUCACGUGCCGCGCCAUCGGCAUCGGCGCCUACGUUGUCAGACUUGGCCACCGCGUCAUCCAAGUGGAGAACUCCUACAUAAUCCUCACCGGCUACGCGGCCUUGAACAAAGUGCUCGGCCGCGCCGUGUACGCCAGCAACAACCAGCUCGGAGGCAUACAGAUAAUGCACAACAACGGUGUGACGCAUGCUGUCGCGCCUACUGACUUGGACGCUGUCGCUACAGCGGUCAGGUGGCUGUCGUACGUGCCUAAGGAUAAACUAUCCAUGGUGCCAAUCAUGCGAGUCUCAGACCCGAUCGAGCGGCCCGUGGAAUGGAAGCCUCCCCGCGCCGCUCACGACCCGCGGUUGAUGCUCACUGGAGACGGCGCCCGCGCUGGGUUCUUCGAUGUAGGCACUUUUGAUGAGGUCAUGAAGCCGUGGGCGCAGACGGUUAUCGCCGGCCGCGCUCGUCUCGGCGGUAUCCCGGUGGGCGUGGUGGCCGUGGAGACGCGCACCGUGGAACUCACCCUGCCCGCCGACCCCGCCAACAAGGACUCUGAGUCCAGGACGCUGCAGCAGGCUGGCCAGGUUUGGUUCCCCGACUCCGCCUACAAGACUUCUCAGGCCAUCAAUGAUUUCUCUCGCGAGGGUCUGCCCAUCAUCAUCUUCGCCAACUGGCGUGGCUUCAGCGGAGGACAGAAGGACAUGUACGAGGAGAUCCUCAAGUUCGGCGCGGAGAUCGUGCGCGCGCUGCGCCGCGCCACCGCGCCCGUGCUCGUGUACAUCCCGCCGGGCGCCGAGCUGCGCGGCGGGGCGUGGGCCGUCGUCGACCCCAGCGUCAACAGCGCCCGCAUGGAGAUGUAUGCCGACCCGGAGGCUAGGGGUGGUGUAUUAGAAGCCGAAGGUAUCGUGGAGGUGAAGUUCAAACAGCGGGACACCCUCAAGGCCAUGCAGCGAUUAGACCCUGAGCUGCAGAGGCUCAGCGCCAGGAUAGCAGAACUAAAAGACCAAAUCGCCGAUCUAUCCAAGAGGUUCGACCGUCGCGGCUCCAUCGACGACGUACUCGUGCGGACGGAGGCCGGUCGCGAGGCCGAAAACAAGGCCCGGGAGCUCGAUACCGAGCUGCAGCAGUGCGAGAAGAACGCUACAAAGAGAGAGAAGGAACUACAGCCUAUAUACCACGAGAUCGCGGUACAGUUUGCUGAACUUCACGACACAGCGGAGAGGAUGUUAGAAAAGGGCUGUAUAUUUGACAUAAUUCCUUGGAAAGACUCUCGCCGCUUCCUGUACUGGCGUCUAAGGCGGCUGCUGCUGCAGAACCAGCAGGAGAGCCGCGUGCAGGCCGCGGCGCGCGCGGCCGCCGAGGACAUGGACCAGGGCGCCGCGGCCGCCACGCUGCGGCGCUGGUUCACCGAGGACCAGGGGGAGACCCAGUCCCACCAAUGGGAGCGCGACAACGAAGCGGUUUCCAAGUGGUUCGAGGCCCAAACGGCUGACGACAACUCCGUGCUCGAGAGGAAUAUGCGUGCCAUCAAACAGGACUCUGUCAUGAAUGCCGUCAACCACCUUGUUAUGGAACUCACGCCGUCCCAGCGAGCCGAGUUCAUCAGGAAACUAACGGCUUUAGAAAUGGAGCAGUAGAAUAAUUAUAACGGUAGAUAGAACAAAUUAUAUAAGCCAUAGGCGCCAUAUCACUCAACCCGCUCACUGCCCGGGGACCCAAAGCACUGAAAGUGUUAAUAUUAAAGUUAAAUGUGACGUCCCACGGGUAAAGGUACCUUAUGGCGGUUGGCGCUUACGCUAUUAUUAACGCCGCUCCAAUACUAUUGCGGUGCUAUGCGACGUAAGCGCCAGCCGUCAUAAGGCACCGUUUCCCGUGGAGAGUCACAAAUAACGUUAAAACGCUAAAUUAAUGUAUAGUAAGCUGCAGAUAUAACUGACCCCCUUGCAAACAAGUUUCUAUGCAAAUGGGGUUAGAUAUCUCUGCAGCUUACUGUAAGUCACUUAUUUUGUAUAAGGUUUGUUAUUUAUUAUUUUUAUAAUUAUGUGUUCAGUUGUAAAAAGCAAUAUUUAUUCUUUAAAAUGUUACCUUUUUGUUACAUUAUAAUGAUAGGAUAAAUGUGACGUCCCACGGGUAAAGGUACCUUAUGGCGGUUGGCGCUUACGCUAUUAUUAACGCCGCUCCAAUACUAUUGCGGCGCUAUGCGACGUAAGCGCCAGCCGCCAUAAGGAACUUUUUGCCGUGGUACGUCACAAAUAAUUGCAUGCAAUACUCAUGCAUUUUAUAGUACAUCUGUCCAUUACGCCACCCUGUGCUUUAAUAAGCCAAUUACGUAACUACGUCGAAAAUUUCAAGGACCAUAUGUACUGUAAAACGUUGUACCAUACGCGUGCGAAUAAGUAAUUCCUAUUUUUCGCAUUUGUAUCGUAAAUAACUAUUAUAACGGCUCAAAACAAAAUAGACCCUUUUACAAAUUCUGGUACACAAUUUCAGUAUAUAACUUUUGAUUGAAAUUUGAUUAAUUCUGUUUUCUAACUUGUAUGCACUGUAACUAAGUGUAGAUUUUUUAUUAGUUCUAGAUUUAGGUCCGUCCUAUUCAGACUUAAAGUCUUUAAAAAGGUGUUUUAAAGAUUAUUCUAAGAAACAACCGUUUACCAAUAAAAUGAAAUAAAAAACGGACACAGCGUUGAAUAUAAUAAAAACUACAGUAAGGGGUUUUUGGGUAAGAGGAGUAUAAACAAUAUUUUUAUGUUUAUCUAGUGUUGGUACGAACUCGAGUCCGUCGAGCCACAGAAUAAAUAAUAGUACUAGGUACAGAAGACUCACUAUCUAACAAAACGCGUCUGUUACGAUCAGGACAGAUAUGGCCGCUAGGUGGCGACAGCGCCACGCGCGGCCUAUGGCUAGCCACCACAAUUGGUGUGGGACGGAUGUACUUGUAGCUACCUGUAGCAAAGCGACGAAAUCGCGGAGUGAGCCACGCCUGGUCGAGUCUAAAUUUGAAGAACUUGUCUAGGUUUUACGAGACUUUCGAGUCUUUUCAAGUCCCGAGUCGAGUCUAUUUUAAGCUCUACUCAAAAGAAGUCGAGCCUCCGAAAAGACUCAGACAUUAGUUAGACUGUUAACAGUAUAUUAAACAAGCGUCAUUGUAUGAUUUGUGUACCUAAACUCAUGUCAUGAAUCAUGAUGUAAAGUUAGAGUUAUGAUUUUUUGACGUGAUAACGUCUUAUAAAUCGAUGAACACCGGUAGCAUGCAUGAAAAAGUGUCACGUUGUGGACAGAUCUCCAUGGUAACGUUGUGGACAGAUCUCCAUGGUAACGUUACGUAAUGUAAUGGUAAUGUUUUCUUAUGACGUUAUCACGCAAAAUUAUCGUCCGUAAACUGACUUUACAACAACCUUUUUUUGUUAAAUAAUUGAGAGUAGGUAUGUAUGUAUGUAUAAACUCUUAUUAUACAAAACGCAAACAUGGCACAGGAGAGGUAGUACAACGCCGAACUUAUCCCUUUAAGGGAUUUCUUCCAAUUAACCUGUUCUCUCAAAAAGAAAAAAGAGAAAAAGAAAAAGAGAGAGAGAGAGAGAAGGAAGUUCUCUGAAAAGGUCUCAAGUCUCAACAAAUGACUCGAGAGGUUCUCUAACAAGUUUAAAUUAACUCGAAUCGACACAAACUUAACUUUUUUUUUUAAGUUUUGACUUUAUUAUUACUCUGAUAAACUGAGUCGAGUCUCAAAGCAGACUCGAAGGACUCGAGUCUUAACCAACACUAUUAACCAAGGGUUAGUGUAGUGUAUAUAGAUAUGAACAAAAUACAUUAUCAUCUAUAUUGUACUGUUUAUCAUUAGUGAGGGUAUAAUCCAAAAAUAUUAUAUAAAUGUGAAGUUAUCUAUGAAAAGGGACCUUGUUGUCGAUGGCGCUUACGCCAUUAUUAACGAUGCUCCGAUGUAUUUAUAUACAAUGCCGCGCGACGCUGUGCGGCGUAAGCGCCAUCGACAAUAGGUCCCUUUUCACAGAUAAUGCCCCAAAUUUGUUUUAAUCUCACAUUCACCCUGUAGAAGGUACAAAAUUUACAUUCCUAUACAUUAAGCUUAGAAUAAAUUCAAAGUGGAAUAGUUACUGUCUUGGGUGAGACUUGAACUCACGGCCUCUGGAGUUCAAGUCUAACCUAUGACAGUAAUUUAUCCACUUAAAAUUUAUUCCAAGCUUAAUAACAUCGUUCGCAGACGUUUCUGCUUGUUAAAAAUUAAAUUCCUAUUCAUUAUUUAUAUUUCUUCUAGGCCUUUUUGUACAUAAAAGGUGCUAGUAUGUAAUCACAAUUUACCAAUUAAAAUGAACAAACAUUAUGUAUAAUUGAGUAUGUAUUUUUAUUUUAUAUUUUAUAUUUCUUUCCGGUUAAAGUGUGAUUCCGGCUCCCAUUUUGAGAAAAUGGGGUUCGCAAGUGUCAAAGAUUUGCAUAGAUGGCGCCAUCGUAGCUUGCCCCUUUUUCUAUGAGAUUUGGCUUAAAGGGGUGGCAUACAGGGCAUAAAAUUCCUUUAAAAAAAACAAAAAAAAUUACACAGUUCUAGGGAUUGACAGGGCAAGCUAUGCUGGCGCCAUCUGCUAAAUAGUUCGACCGGCCAACCCGAUUAGUAAUGAUUGUGGUAUGUUGUAAAGUGUAUUUGUAUAAUUCUCUUCGUUGUGAAGAGUACUAUGUAUGACAAUAUUUUAUAGGAAGCUCACUAUAGUUCGUUUUUUAGCACCAGAAAAAAAAGAAUAAACAAUCUUGACGUGUCUUUUUAUUGAAAAACACUUCUGAAAAAUAAGUCACGGCAAAUAUGUAACAAUUAUGAAUCAUACGAUUAUUUACAUUUUUUUGCUUUCAUAAGUAAUAGUUACUGAUUUUUAAAAAAGCGUUUUUCCAUUAAAAGACACGUGAAGAUCACGUCUUUUACUAAUGCAAAAAAAAACUAACUAUAAAAUGUACUGAAUUCAGUUCUAUCAGAAUAUUAAAUCACAAUAUUUAUGCAUCUAAGCACUAGCCAUGGCUUUUAUUACUGGGUGUUAAAGUCUACAUUUGCUAAAUUUUCACGUGAUAUGUCUCUGAUAAAACUGAAAAAUUGUGGCGUCCCACGGGUAAAGGUCCCUUAUGGCGGUUGGCGCUUACGACAGUACCUAACCUAUAGGAGCGUCGUUAACCCUUUACCGCAUAUAUGGCGGAUAUGAUAUUCAACUAUUUAGACCACUAUUAAAGUUCGAAUUUAAAUGGAUAUUUUAUUAUUACAUGCCGUAAGCGGUUAACAGCGUAAGCGCCAGCCGCCAUAAGGUCCCUUUUUACGUGGAACGUCACCAAUGAGCUUCUAACAUUUAUCAGGGUUCAGUUGUAGAAAUUGUUAACUUAUUAAUAUGUAGUUAGUAACUUAUUUGUUAUAAUAAUUUGGGGUCCAUUGCUAUAAUUAUAAGUAAUCUGUCUGGGUAUAUUCUAUUUCAAAAUAAUAAAAAAACGAUGGGCCUUUGGCGCAGGUUCAGUUAAAAAUAUGUCCCAUAGUUCUUAAUACGUUGACAUAAGAGCUAUGGGACAUAUUUUUGAACAUGACGAGUGGAUUCAUAUUUUUACACUUGUCCGUGCCUUAAAAGUGUACAUUUGCAUAAUAUCAUCUGUCCAUCAUGGUUUAUCAUUGCUAAAAUUAUGUAAAAAUAAUAUUAACUGAUAAAAAAUUAAUACCUACGUGAAAGAGGCUUUUUGCCAAUUCCUGAACCCUAUUUGAACGUAUAAGGACUUGUAAUCUUAUUCCUUUAAACCAGCAAUUCUUGUAUAUUUAUUUAUAUAUAUAUAUUUCGGGGAUCUCGGAAACGGCUCUAACGAUUUCGAUGAAAUUUGCUAUAUGGGGGUUUUCGGGGGCGAAAAUCGAUCUAGCUAGGUCUUAUCUCUGGGAAAACGCGCAUUUUUGAGUUUUUAUACGUUUUCCGAGCAAAGCUCGGUCUCCUAGAUAUUAGUGAAUUAAAUGCAUAGGUACAUGUAUAGUAAUUAUACUAUACAUGUAUCUAUUAAGAUGGCAUGUAAUUGUCGGUCGAGGCGAAGCCGGGGUCGACAAACAUGUGAUCUGAGGCUAUCUUAUUAUUCACUGGCCAAGGUGUGUAUACUAUCUUUCUGAAGGAGCCGGAAAUAGACCACUAAGUUUAGCGCAGAGGGCCGAAAUUCGACGCUUUCCGGCCGGAGGGUAGACAAAUAUUGACCUUACCUUCUAAGCAAUAAGAGUCUAAUUUGAAUGACAGGCUUUGUAAAUGAUGUACAUCUCGAAUAAUAGUUAUAAGAUGGGCAGUUGGUAUUCUGCAAUACGAAAUUAUCGUACAAUUAUAACACAUUCAUUGCCGCUAAGGGUUACGCUCGUAGCGCGUAUCCACGGUUUUGCCGUAUGUAGCGCGUAGUCGCUACGUACAGUGUACCCGACAGUUGGGUUCUUGGCCCUGAAUGUGUUAAGACAGUUUUGAAAUAGAAUAUGUGACGUCCCACGUGUAAAGGUACAUUAUGGCGGUUGGCGCUUACGCUAUUAUUAACGCCGCUCCAAUAUUAUUGCGGCGGUAUGCGACGUAAGCGCCAGCCCCCAUAAGCUACCUUUUGCCGUGGAACGUCACAUAUAAUCUUUAGUAAAUAUGUCGAUCGCACGAUGUCUAUAUGUUCGGACGUAUCGUGUAUCAUGCAAUAUAAUUGUUUUCGGUAUGGCGGUCUUCACAUUGAGGUGUGCGAGCGGUACGCUAUAUGGCGCUGUCUCGCUCGCACACCGCGACCGCGUAUAUCGCAUAUCGUGGGUAUGCUUGUAUAGGUGUUUGUUGGUUUAUAUGCAUGAAGUUUCCAAUAAAAGGCUGUUAAAAA